AUGAGGGAAAUAGUUCAUAUUCAAGCAGGCCAGUGUGGUAAUCAGAUAGGUGCAAAAUUUUGGGAAGUCAUAUCUGAUGAACAUGGAAUAGAUCCGAGCGGCACCUAUAGAGGAGACAGUGACCUACAAUUAGAAAGAGUAGACGUGUUUUACAAUGAAGCAACUGGAGGAAGGUACGUUCCGCGAGCAAUAUUGAUGGAUUUAGAACCAGGUACAAUGGAUAGUGUCCGAGCAGGUCCAUUUGGCCAAUUAUUUAGACCAGACAAUUUUGUAUUUGGCCAAACAGGAGCAGGAAAUAAUUGGGCAAAAGGACAUUAUACAGAAGGUGCUGAAUUAAUAGAUGCAGUUUUAGAUGUAGUUAGAAAAGAAGCAGAAGGAUGUGAUUGUCUUCAAGGAUUUCAGAUAACUCAUUCGUUAGGUGGUGGUACAGGUAGUGGAAUGGGUACAUUGUUGAUAAGUAAAAUAAGAGAAGAAUAUCCUGAUCGAAUUAUGGAAACAUUUUCAGUAUUCCCAUCACCAAAAGUAUCAGAUACAGUUGUUGAGCCAUAUAAUGCAACUUUAUCUGUUCAUCAAUUAGUAGAAAAUGCUGAUGAGGUACAAGUUAUUGACAAUGAAGCAUUAUAUGAUAUAUGUUUUAGAACACUUAAAUUAACAACUCCAACAUAUGGUGACUUAAACCAUUUAGUUUCAGCUGCUAUGUCAGGUGUUACUUGUUCUUUAAGAUUUCCUGGUCAAUUAAAUUCAGACUUAAGAAAAUUAGCUGUCAAUUUAAUCCCUUUUCCUCGUUUACAUUUUUUUAUGAUUGGUUUUGCACCAUUAACAAGUAGAGGUAGUCAACAAUAUAGAGCUCUAACUGUACCAGAAUUAACUCAACAGAUGUUUGAUGCAAAGAAUAUGAUGUGUGCAAGUGACCCAAGACAUGGUAGAUACUUAACUGCAUGCGCUAUGUUUAGAGGUAGAAUGUCAACAAAGGAGGUCGAUGAGCAAAUGUUGAAUGUGCAAAACAAGAACUCUUCUUACUUUGUCGAAUGGAUACCCCAUAACACAAAAUCGAGUGUUUGUGAUAUUCCGCCAAAGGGACUGAAAAUGGCCGUAACCUUCGUAGGAAACUCAACAGCAAUCCAGGAAAUGUUCAAGAGGGUCUCAGAUCAAUUCACAGCCAUGUUUAGAAGAAAGGCAUUUUUGCACUGGUACACAGGAGAAGGUAUGGACGAAAUGGAAUUCACAGAAGCUGAAUCGAACAUGAACGAUCUAGUUUCUGAGUACCAACAGUACCAGGAUGCAACAGCCGAAGAGGAGGGUGAAUUUGAAGAAGAAGAAGGAGACGUCGAAGCAUAA